AUGUCCAAGAAAAAAACGUAUCCUUCAUUUAAUCAUGUUUUUCAGCAAGCAAUAUUGAAAGAAAAGCCGAUAAUAGAUGGUUCUUAUCCACUUUCAUGCACGAAUCAAAUAAAUGGCUCUCAAUAUAUAUCUACUAAUCUUCAGAAUAGUGAUAAUGCUCUUUUGUCACCUGAAACAUUGAAAUCUCGAAUGUAUUCUAUAAAGACAAGAGAGUUGUGCAAAGAGUUUAAAGGAACAGAAUAUGCCGAAAAUAUCAAUACAUUUGAAUAUAAGAAUAUCUCAAUGAAUAUAAACUCAUCUAAGAAUCAAGACUUUUUUACAAGUAAAAAACCGUUCGUUAAUAGGAACUUUUCUGAAAAUUUUGACACUAAAAAAAAAGUCAGAUCUCAUAGAUAUAGUGUUUCAGAUCAUAUAUCUCAAAUGUCUACGUGGCAAAAUAGUCUUAUUUCUGAAUUUGGCAUGCUCCCUACAUUGCCUUGUAUUCCAUAUUUUUUAGUUCUGGAUGAUUCCGAUGAAUAUUCUGAUAUAUCUUACAAUGAAUCAAUUAUAUCUAUUCAUGAUUUACAUGCGGAAACCAUUGAUGACAAUAUAUCAAAUCUUGUGUUUCCAGAUGGGAAUUUUAUGGACAUUCGUUCACGAAUACCUUCACUUAAUAGUACUGGAUUUCACAAGGGAGUAACUUUGAUGUCUAAUGAUCCAAAAUAUCUUAAACUUAUAAAUCCAUCACAAGAUAUUGGUAUUGAAUCCAAAACUAUAGUUCCCUUAGAAUACAACAAUGUUAAAUCUUUUGAAACUAUAGUUUCUAAAAGACGUUCUAAGUUUAAAUUUCCUAAGAUCAAGUUUUGCCAGAGAUAUAACGAUAAUUUUGCAAAAGCUGUAGUUCCUGCUAAACAUAAUAACAAAAUCUUGUCUGAUAUUAAAACUAUUUCACACUUAUCUGGACAUGUAAACUCAAGUCCUAUUAUAAAUUCAGACCCUAAUAUUAGAUCAGACUCCAUGGUCCUAAAGAAAAAAGCAAAAGAGAGUUUCCUGCCCAAUUCUACUAUUAAACAAAAUAAAACUAGUAUUAAAAAUUAUAACUUUUUCAGAAAAUUCAUUUUUAAAAGUUUUAAAAAAACAAAAAAGUUUAAAAAUGAAGGAACUCAAACUUACAUUUCAAUGUUCAAUGGUUUUUUAUCUAGAGAAUCACAGACUUUAAAAGGAUUUCCUAAGGAUUUUUUUCUUCAAGAAAAAAAUGCUAAUUCGUUUAAAAAUUUAAAUAUUUAUAAAUCUGAGUCCAUGCCUUCAAACCUAGGAAUAAACUAUGCAAAUAUUGAAAAACAAUCUUCAGUAAUAUCUGGGUAUCUUGCAAAUCUAUCUUAUCAAAAGGAAAUGCAUUCUAAUAAAAAAAUGCCAUUAAAAGCUAAUACUUCUAAUAAAAAUGCAUCAACAGAAGCUAACAUUUCUGAUUAUUAUAUUCCAUCUAAACCAUCAACAUGUUUUUGUACAUGUACAUGUCUAUGUGAAACAUGUUGUGGAUUUUCAAAAACUAAACAUGUUCUUAGAAGAAGACCGUCUAGUAUUGUUUUUGUAGAAAUUGCUGCUUCAAGAAAACCCGAGAAAUAUUCGGAUAUAUUAGAUUUUGAUGAAGAUUUUGAUGAUAAAAUAGCUACAGCCAUGAGCAAGACUUAUAUUUCUGAUACCUCUCCAGAUGCAAAUUAA